GCCCCCAAGUCCUCCCUGGCAGAACCUGACCAACCAUGGUGAAUCUGGGCUUGUCCCGUGUGGAUGACGCCGUGGCCGCCAGGCACCCGGGACUCGAGGAAUAUGCUGCCUGCCAGUCGAACGCCUUCAUGAAGGGCGUUUUCACUUUUGUCACAGGCACUGGUGCGACUUUUGGCCUGCAGAUGUUCAUUAAGAGGAAGUUUCCAUACCCUGUGCAGUGGAGCUUCCUAGUGUCUACCAUUGCAGGAUCUGUGGCCAGCUACAGAGUGACAAGUAUGGAGUGUCAGAAAUGCAGCAAUCUCUGGCUCUUCCUGGAGACCGGGCAGCUCCCCAAAGACAUGAGCACAGAUCCUCACAACUAGAAGCUCUCUGGCUGCUGAGGUGCAGGACGCGAAGCUGGGAAGAUCCUAGAGCACAGAUCUAAUGUCAUCUAACUCCAGGCUGGUCCUUCCUACCUCACCACGCACGCACACACGCACGCAUCCUCUAGUGUCAUCUCUCUCCUACACACACAUGUGGACUCCUGCCUGAAAAACCUGUGAAGACUACUGCUGCUCCAAAUCCAGGACUUGCCCAAGAGGCCAGCUCGGAACAAGGCUUGGGAGGGGGAGAUCUUCCGCAGAGCAGCAAGGAGCCAAGAUAUCAGAGAGGCUUGAAUCCUAUUGCACCCAGCUGCUGGAGCAGCAGCCUGCAUGUGGUGAGAAAGACUUGAGUGCUUUCUCUGAUCUCUGCCCCAAAUCCAAGGAGAAUGUUGGAGAGUUGUAGCUAAUAAAUGGCUUAUCCUUUUUCCUAUGUGAGCUCUGAAGCAAUUAAACAUGUGCUCGUGAG